UGUAGGUAUUUGACUAGGAACUUUAAUUAUUUUACAAAAGUUGGAUUGACCGGACCUAGACCAUUGCCAAUAGUUGGUAAUCUAUGGGAGCGUUUGUUUAUAUCACUACCAGAAUUGGGAACAAAAUGGCAACAAAAAUAUGGAAACAUUUAUGGAAUAUUUAGUGGAAACACACCACCAAAUGUCAAUUUUCAAAAGCACUAAACACCCGAUUGUGGGGAAAAUGUUAACUGGACUUCAGGGCGAGGACUGGAAGAGAGUCCGAUCCAUAGCCAGCCCUGUAUUCACUUCCGGCAAAAUGAGAAAAAUGUAUCCAAAGGUCAAAAAUUCUGUGGAGGGGUUUAUGAAUACAUUGAAUGAAUAUGUAAAAGAAAAACAUGAGAUCAAUGCUAAGGAUAUGUACGGCUGUCUAACAAUGGAUGUGAUCGCAAACUGCGCUUUCGCUACAAAAACCAAUGCAUUCAAAGACCCAAACAAUGCAUUUGUAGUGAAUGGAAGAAAUUCAGUACAUUUUUUCUCGUCAAUUUUACGACAAAUAUUGAAGGUUAGGGAAAAAUCAGAGACAAAAUCCAAUGAUUUGAUUGAUCUCAUGAUGAAAGCUAAAGCAGGCGAAGAAGAAUUAGAAAUUGAGAAAAAAAUAUUGAAUAUAAAGGCAUCGAAUAAAUUCAUAACAGAGGAUGAGAUGAUUGCUCAGGCAUUUAUUGUACUCAUAGCCGGAUACGAGACUACAGCCACUGCUCUAUCUUUUUGUUCCUAUGAAUUGGCACUCAAUCCAGACGUUCAGCAAAAGCUAUACGAAGAAGUGAUAUCUUCAAUGGACACAAACGGAGAGAUUGAUUACGAAGUGUUGACAAAACUCCCGUUUUUGGAUGCAGUCAUCGCUGAGACUCUUAGACUCCAUUCACCUAUUAUUAAAAUAGGAAGAAUUGCGGCCGAAGAUUAUCGCUUGGGAAACACAGGGAUCACUGUUUUUGAGGGACAAGCAGUGGAAAUACCAAUCUAUGCCAUCCAUCACUCGGAGGACUACUAUCCAAAUCCCGAAAUGUUUAUUCCCGACCGCUUUCUACCAGAAAAUCGUCACAAAAUAAUUCCUUACACUUAUCUGCCCUUCAGUUCCGGUCCUCGCAAUUGCAUUGGAAUGAGGUUUGCAUUAAUGGAAGCGAAGUUAGGUUUGGCUCAUAUUAUACGGAGGUUUCAGUUUACCCGAAGUCCACAAACAGAUGUUCCCUUAAUAUUACGUAAAGUUUCUCUCCUCAACAGUGCUAAAUCUGUAAUAAUUGGCAUUAAAAUUAGGGAUUAA